GCGAAUUAAGGACGGAGUGAAUACAAUAGCAAUUGGUUUACACAUUUAUUAAGAAUAAAAAAAGAGAAAAAUAAGACUACGGCAGCCACUACGAAAAAUUAGCCACGAGUGGACGAGACUAUUAAGACGUAGUCUGUAUUUUACUAUGGCUGUCAUGAAGAAGAGGCUGGUGAAGCUGGUGGUGAAUUUCCUGUUCUACUUCCGCACAGAUGAGGAAGAGCCUCUGGGAGCCCUGCUGCUGGAACAGUGCCGGGUGGAGAGAGAAGACAGCCAGGCCUUCUCCAUCACCUUCCUGGACGAGUCGGAGCGGAAGUACCUGUUUGAGUGUGACUCUCAGGAGCAGUGCCAGGAUUGGAUGGACUCCAUUAUCCGAGCCAGGUCUGCUCUCCACGAUGAAAUGAACAACUAUCACUCCACAGCCAACCAGAGGGAGCAAACUGCUGAUCGGAGUGGCUCAUCUGAUGGGGGACAGUGGGCACAUCGGGAGGAGGGGGGAAUCAACUACCACGAGUGA